UAAACGCAAACCAGUUAGUCGCACGGCCACAAGCAAAAGCUUAACACACAGCAUAUCUGCACGCUACAAAGCAAAACAGUAUAAUUAAUAUUAUCGUUGAAUGUAUCAAUUAUUGUAAAACAAUCAUAAAAGAUAAACAAAACACAUAAUAUACACAUACAACAAAAUAUAAAUAUAUUGCAUAAAAAACCAGUUUUAAGUGAAGACCUAUUAAAACAAAUGGGAAAGAGCUAAAAAUAAAUAAAAUCUUUUGGUUAAAUAUUCAACAAAAAAAAAUAAAAACAAGAAAGAAAACUCCCAAGAAUAUUGAGUGAAAAAAUAACGAUCAACCGGUUCUAACCAACAAAAAUACAUACUAAAAAAAUUAUUAAAAAUCAGAAAAUGCUAACACUGUAAAAAAUUGAAAAAGCAACAAGAAAAAUAGUACAAAGUACUUAAAAAAGAUUACUUAAACUAAAAAAAAGAAAAGAAAACGACAUAAAACGUUGUCACCCCCCAAAGUAUGACUUCAACUGUAUUACAGCCAACGACGGCCACAGCAACAGGCGCCGCUACUUCAACAGCAGAAUCCUCAGCCAUGGGUUGGUCUCAUGACAAGUUACGCUUCUCCUGUGUGGAUAAUAUCGGUCUAAAACAAUUGUGGAAAUUAAUUGCCCUGGAUACAAAUGGCAAUGCCACCACAAAGGCGUCAUCAUCGCCAUCUUCAGCGAAUGUCAUUAAAACGACUUCAGAUGAGAAAUUAAAAAACGCCAACAACAACAAUAAUAAUAAUAAUAACAAUAAUAAUGAGAACAUUUCCUAUGAAUAUUGCGAAAAAAUCAAUGAUUAUUUGGGUCAGCGUGAUUUUGAUGCACCCAGCCGCAUGUCUCUGCUGAAAUUUCUAGCCAUUAAUGCUUUGGAAUUAAGUGCCCCAGCAACACCAGUUCUACUACAGCAACAACAGCAGCAGCAGCAACAACAAAAUAAUAACAAACCCACAGGCUGGUUACAACUGUCCGGACAUCCUGAAAGUAUUGUACCAUGUUCCAGUGGUGUGGUGCGUAAACGUGUUGCCAGUUUUAGUGACUAUGAAGUUCAGGCCUAUCAACAACUAUCCCAAGAGCCUCUCACCUCCAAAAUUGUUCCCGAAUUCUAUGGCAAUAUACAAUUGGAAAGUGGUGAAAUGUUCAUUGAGCUACAAGACUUGCUCAAAGGUUUCAAAGAUCCCUGUGUCAUGGACAUAAAAAUGGGUUGUCGCACAUUCUUAGAAUCGGAGGUUAGCAACAAAACACUGAGACCUGAUCUUUAUCAAAAAAUGAUCAAGGUUGAUGCUAACGCUCCCACGCCCGAAGAACAUGAACAACAGGCCAUCACUAAACUCCGUUAUAUGCUUUUCCGUGAGGCCAUGUCAUCAUCGCAAAGCAAAGGCUUUCGCAUUGAGGCCAUACGCCUAAAAGGCAAGCCACCCAUGAAAGAUCUGAAAACAGUAAGGACCUCCGAACAAAUUGCCCAAACAAUUGAUCAAUUUUUGAAUUGCAAAAAAUCAGUACAAAAAGAAUUGAUCAAUCGGCUGAAGCAUAUGCGCACGGUCAUGGAAAAAUCGAAAUUCUUUCAAACACAUGAAAUUGUGGGUUCCAGUAUUUUCAUUAUCUACGACGAUGUCAAGGUUGGAUGUUGGCUAAUUGAUUUCGCCAAAUCUCGGCCUUUACCUGAUCAUGUAAAGGUUAAUCAUCGUGUCGAAUGGAUACCCGGCAAUCGCGAAGAAGGUCUGCUCAAGGGCAUGGAUGAACUUAUUCAGGCAUUCGAGAGUGCCAAUCAAAAACAAACCACAAGCAGAAAGUUUCUACAAAUUUAAUUGAAAUUAAUUUCUUUUUUGGAUAUAUCCACAAUCAAGACUGAUCAUUUUAUGUAAAACAUUCAUUGUAAAUGAAUCCAUCAAUUUGCAUUAACUUUGUUAUUUGAACCUGCAUAGAACUUUUCCAUAUUGGAAACAAAUUUGUUAUUUUGCCUAUUUUAAGUGUUUAGUUUGUGAGCAAAGACUUAAUUAUUGAAUUUGGAAAUUGCAUAUACAUAUUUUGUUUUUGGCAAACGGCAGAAUAUUUUCCAAAACAAAACACAUUAGUAUUGUAUUAUAAUUUUUUAGAAACAGUAAAUUGUUAAUUUUUUCGUUUUUUUGUGUAGCCUUUUGGCAGAUUAAUUCGAAGGAAAGCAAAAACAAUCAUUAAAAGCAUUAAAUGUCUUAAUCAAAUUACUUAAUUAGUUUUUAAGCUACAAAAAUUGUAAUGAAUUUAUAUUUAAGAAUUUUGUGUUUUUCUAUAAGAAUCAACAACAUAAAUGAAAAUAUAUUAAUGUAUUUAUUAAACAAAUUAAAA